UUUAAAUAAGAAGAAUCUCUCCUUCCUUCCUCUUUAUCCCUCCACCUGCUCCGCUGCUCGUAUGUGUUUUCUUGUCCCACACUCAUAUGGCAGAAGAAGAAGACUCUGGGUGGAAGACAAGUUAUGGAAGCCACGCCCUUGACGAGCUUUUUGUUAAUGAACCACAUCUCUUAUUUCUGCCACAAGAACAACAUCUUAGGCUCAUGCCAAAGGAAAAUUCCAUCAUCAACAAGUUAGUCUCAUCAAACUUUGACUCCGGUCCAAGACUCCAAGAUAUCGCAAACGCUGUGGCCAUGGUUGAACCCCUAACCCACCCAGUCCGACAAAUCUCGGAAUCAACGGUCCCAAUAUUGAGAAGGCGUACUUUGAGCAAGGUGGAUAGGUAUACAUUAAAGGUGAAGAACAACUCUAACGGAAUGAGUGAUGAUGGAUACAAAUGGAGAAAGUAUGGUCAGAAAUCCAUCAAACAUAGCCCCAAUCCAAGGAGUUAUUUCAAGUGCACAAACUCAAUAUGCAAUGCAAAGAAACAAGUGGAGAGAUCAAUUGAUGACCCUAACACAUAUAUCAUCACCUACGAGGGUUUCCAUUUGCACUUCACCUAUCCUUUCUUCUUAUCCGAUAGCACACAUAGAUCCAAUAAAAAACCCAAAAUAAAAAAUGAAGCUCAAAAUAAAGCCCAUUUUGAAAUCAAUCCUAAAUCUCAAGCCCAAGAAAAAAACAAGCAAAUUAAACUAGUCAAAUCAGACUACCAAAAUUGUAUGGCCUAUGAAGCCGAUGGAAACACACCGGCAAACCUGGAAGAUGGUUUUUUUCCCCCACUUAUUCAAGGCUGGCAGCAACAAGGGCUUCUUGAAGAUGUGGUGGCUACGGCAAUAAAAAAUAUUCCGACCAAUGAUGGUGGUUUGGCAGCUUCUCGGUCUUCAUUACCGUCUUAUACUUCCUCAACAUGCUCUUUUUCUCGGACCGAUUCACCACCCCUUUCUCCAUCUUUCUUUAAGUUGGAUUCCCAGUUUUUUCACAGCGGAUUUAGUGAUGAAAGAGUUCAAUCGGAUCUUGAAAACUUCAAGCAUUUAUGAUAUUUGUAUUAAGUAUAUGUUAAUAUGUCUCCGAAAAUUAUUGAUUUUUGUUCG